AUGUCUUGGUUCUCCUGGCUCUUCACUCUGUGGCCCUCCUCAGCCCCAUCCCUGCUCCUUGUGGGGCUUGUGGGCAGACAGCUGGGGCUCAGGGUGGGGUUACGGGUGGUUCACACAGUGUCUUGUUCUCGUUGGGGUACACCCAGCAACCAGGGUCUGUUUCAGGAUGGAGAUGUAGUUAUUGGUGGGCUCUUUAAUCUUCAUAACCAAACUCCAGCUAUAGACAAUGACUUCACUCAGCUGCCGCACAACAAGCCUUGCACUGGUUUAGAACAUGUUCCAUUACAAUAUAUUUACGCUAUGGUGUUUGCGCUGGAGGAAAUCAAUCACAGUACAACCUUGCUGCCAGGUGUGAAGCUGGGCUACUAUAUUUUUGAUAGCAGUGGUCGACCGCCAUGGGGUCUCCAGGCAGCACUGUCACUGGUUGGAGGAGAAAGCGCGAGCUGUAAUUCAACAGACCCUCCAGACUAUUCUGCUGGGUAUGGAGAGGGAAUUGGAGAAAGAAGAGGUGAUCACCCUAUUCCCUUGAUCAUCGGUGGUGCUUCAUCCCAAGAAGCCAAGAUACUGUCCAGAAUCUUGGGCCCACUCUCUAUUAGCUACCUGGCAAGCUGUCCCUGUCUAAGUAACAGGCUUCAAUUUCCUAACUUCUUCAGGACCAUACCCAGUGAUAUUUACCAAGCCCGGGCCAUUGCUCAGCUUGCCAUGCGCUUUAAUUGGACCUGGAUUGGGGCAGUGGUGGAAAACACAGAUUAUGGCCAUGUUGCAUUAAAGGUAUUUCAGGAGGAGACUCAGGGGGCAGGAGUGUGUCUGGCAUUUGUAGAGAUUCUCCAAGGGGAAAACAUUGUGAGUGAUGCCAGACGAGCAGCCCUCACAAUUCAGGCCUCGACUGCAAAAGUGAUUCUGAUCUUUACCUGGUACACAGAUGUGAUGGAACUGUUCCUGCAACUCUCCAAGAUAAAUGUGACUGACAGACAGUUUCUGGCCAGUGAGGCUUGGAGCACAAGUGGUGAUCUUCUCCAAAAUGUAGUCACAAGUAAAGUGGCAAAAGGUGUUCUUGGUGUUGCAAUUAGCAGUUCAGCUGUUUCUGGAUUUGAAAAUUAUAUCAGAGGUUUGCACCCAAUUUAUCAACCUGAUGAUGAGUUCUUAAGAGAAUUGUGGGAAGCUGAAUUUGGAUGCAGUCUUGGGGCAGCGCCUCUCUUUUCACAUUCCUCUCCAUCCUUCACAUCUGUAAUGCCUUCACAAAGGUCUAGCCAUCCAUUAAAUAUUUCUACUUCAACUCCUGCGAAAACUCUUCAGAGAGCUUCACUAUCCCCCUGCAGAGGCACAGAGUCCCUAGAAGGAGUACAGAAUCAGUUCACUGACGUCUCUCAGCUAAGGGUGACAUAUAAUGUCUACCUUGCUGUUUAUGCUGCAGCCCACGCCCUUCACAGCCUUCUCUCCUGCCCCGACACAGACAGCUCACACGGAAACAACAGCUCCAUCUGCUCUUCUCCAAAACAUAUCAAAUCCAUAGAGCUGUUGCAGCACUUGAACAAUGUGAACUUCACAACGCCACAGGGUGAAAUGUUUUAUUUCCAAGAGGGUGACAUUCCAGCAAAGUAUGACCUUGUCAACUGGCAGAACACCCCUGAGGGGUCACUCAAACUUGUUUUGAUUGGUCGUGUGGACGGGUUUGACCUCCACCUCAACCAGUCAGCUGUUAUGUGGAGCACCGGAUCCAAUCAGGUGCCUACUUCAGUGUGCAGUGAGAGCUGCCCCCCAGGCACCCGAAAGGCCAGCAGGAAAGGAGAACCUCUCUGCUGCUUUGAUUGUAUUCCAUGUGCAGAUGGGGCGAUUAGCAAUCAAACUGAUUCCCUUCACUGUGAGCGUUGUCCAUUAGAGUUUUGGUCCAAUGCUAAACGAACUGCCUGCAUCCCUCACCAGCUGGACUUCCUUUCAUUUAAUGAAACUUUGGGCAUUACUCUGUCUACAGCAGCUGUGUCUGGUACUGUGGUGACAACAGCUGUAUUUGUGGUGUUUCUCUGCUACCGUCAAACACCUAUGGUUCGAGCCAACAAUUCGGAACUGAGCUUCCUGCUUCUCCUGUCGCUGAAGCUCUGCUUCCUGUGCUCACUGGUGUUCAUUGGUCGUCCAUCAGUCUGGGCUUGUCGUUGCCUCCAAGUGAAGACCAUAGUAGUUCUGGCAGCUUUCCGCUCAGCUCGGCCUGGUGCUGAAGCCUUGAUUAGGUGGUUUGGUCCAGGCCAACAGAGAGGAAGUGUUUUCCUUCUUACUUGUAUCCAGAUUAUCAUCUGUGUCACAUGGCUGUCCCUCAGCCCCCCUGUGCCUCAACGUGAUCUGGGUUUUCAGGGGUCAAAGGUCACCCUGGGGUGCGCCAUGUCCUCUGUGAUGGGCUUCUCUCUGGUUCUAGGUUACAUUGGUUUGUUGGCCUGCACCUGCCUAUUCUUGGCUUUUCUUGCUCGGAAACUCCCUGAUAACUUCAAUGAGGCCAAACUGAUCACCUUCAGCAUGCUGAUAUUCUGUGCUGUCUGGGUGGCCUUUGUCCCUGCUUAUGUUAGCUCUCCUGGGAGAUACGCUGUUGCUGUGGAGGUUUUUGCAAUCCUGGCCUCUAGCUAUGGUUUAUUGCUCUGCAUUUUUGCCCCCAAAUGUUUCAUCAUUCUCUUGAGGCCUGAGAAAAACACUAAGAAAUACCUGAUGGCCAGAUAA